GAUGACUCGGAGAAUCUCGAAGUUGGUUCAUGAUGGUUUGACCGGAAUGGACCUCACCCUGAGCUGGUUCACCCGCCGGAUCCAGCCGCUGAAGUUCAACAAGCGGCUCGUCUGCGAGUACUCCGGAGCAGAAGAUCUGCUGCUGGUGACCAAGGAUAACUUGCCCAUGGAUCCUCUGAACAAGAGGAUCCGGACGCUAGUGAAGAUCACCCACGGCCAGGUGGUUCCGGACAUCGUCAAGGACAUCUACAUCAACAACACCUGCCCGCCGGUAUGUUUUACACUUGGUCAUUUUGCUUUUCGUCUUUGCAUGUACCUAACCUUUCAACACUUCUUUUCCAGCUCAAUACUUUGGCGGAGGAAGAUUUCAGAGUUGUUUUCCGCACCCCCGCCGACUCUGGGAAGACGGAGGAAGCUCCGGAGGAGGAGGAAGAGGAGGAGGAAGAAGAGGAGGAGCCCAAGAAGAAAAACGCUCCUCGUCCUUCCAAACGUCCUCGCGGCAAAUCCUCCGGACCUAACGUCGGAACCGGCGGUGAAGCCUCAGCCAAAAAGGCCAAGACCGCUCCAUCCUCCGGGGCACGGCGCUACGAUUCCAAGAAGGCGGAACGCGACCGCAUCAAGAUGCUCGCGACCGCCGGAAAAGGAACCCGUCCAAUACUUCCCGGAGCCACGAGCUAGAAGGUCGUCACUUCACGGGUUACCACCCAGAAGCCGAUCACCAGUUUCAUGAAGACUUCUCCGGCCGUUGGCCCCAACACCCCCAUAAUUCUGCCCAGCACCUCUACCGCAGCUCCUCAGACAUCUCCGGCUAAACCUCAGCCACCAGCCCUGCAGCUGGAAAACAAACUCAAGAGGAAGUAAUUCCUGUUAGCAGCGGGCCGAAGGACGGAAGAUGCUCCGGAACCAAGCGGGCAGCCGCUGAAGGAGCUAAGGACAAAGAAGAGGCGGAGGUAACCUCUGCAGAUAAGGCUGAAGCUCCGGCUAAUGAUGCCAUCGUAUUUUCGGAGAACUUUGGCGAUCCCUCUGAUAUCUAUGCCACGCCCAAGGCGUACGCUACCAAGUUUUUUCACAAGCUCACUAAUGCGGAAAAGUGGGAGCUCGAGCAGGGUCUACUGAAUGCCAAGCUGCAAAAUGCAUGGGGCAAACCUGACGCUCAAUCUUCCGAGAUUGAGUAAUACAAGAAAGAUACCUACGAGUUUCUCGACAACCUUCUCUGCAAGCGCAAGGUAAACCAUUCACCCAGUAGCCCCCAAGAAUCUAGGCGGAAACCAAUUCUAGUUUGCACCUUGAUACUUUGAGUAAACUAACCUGAGGAAUUUCAAUUUAAAGUGUCGUAGUAACCCCCAAGCGUCAUGUCGGAAACAUUUCCGGCAAUGAUACUUCGAAAAGAUCUACACUUGUUUUUUAUUGUUAUCGGAACUUAUCCUUUCCUGAUUUUACUGCUGUUGCAGGAGCAACAAGCCUUGCACUACGAGCUUCAUAAGAACAUCUCCCUCCAACGCCGUGUGGCCCUUAGGCAGUCGGAUCGCUUGGAGGAAGCAAAUGAAAAGAUUGCAGUGCUAGAGAAAAAGCUUGAGGAAACCCAAGGUAUAUCUCCGACCACUCCUUUCCUUUGUCAAUCUUCCUACUUGUGUUGCUUAUAGAAUUUUCUUUGAACAUGUGCCUCUACCUCCCUGGCCACCAUCUCUUCAAAGCUUGAGAGCUUACGCUCCGCCCACAAGGACCUGGAAGCAAAACUGAAGGUGGCGGAGGAAAAGCAGAAGUUUGCGGAAGACCAACUGGCCGAGAAGAAAUCGAAGUUCAUCAGGAAGAAAGCCGAUCUAGAGGAGAGGCACAAGAAGGAUCUUGAUGUGGGCAAGAAACUCCAGUCCGAGGUUCAAACGCUCCGGACGUAUAUGCGCCAGGCGAAACUGGGUUGGGACUUGCUCAAUACCGAGGUCUUUGACCUGCUUGGAUAUGAUGAAUCUCGGCGUGAGCUAUUUCCGCGCGACGACCUGAUCAAGCUAGCCGUAGAUGAUUGCAAAGAUCUAAUCUUCGCGUCCCACAAGAUCUGCUACAACUUGGCGAUCAAGGACAGCCGAACCUGCGACGUCCGUGAGCUCAUCCAGAAGAUGGACGUGCUGCCGGAGCUUGUUGUUGAUCUCCAAGCCUCUUCAGCUUGCGGCGCUGCUCAAAUGUCCCUUGCUAUGUGUCUGGCCCAUGCUCCAAAUUUGAACAUCGACGAAGUUACCACGGGCAUUCCGAAGGAUGCGAAUCCGGAUAAACAUCUAGAUGCUUGCAGUGGCUAUGAUACCCGGAUCGCUCGGCGCAUACGUCAUGAUGAGUUCUACGACAAGGUCGUUCUUCCUGCUGACGAGCCCCUUGAAGCGGAACUUCAAAAGAAGCGCGAAGCGGAAGCUAGACCUGCCGGAUCCGAGGACGGAAGCAACUUCACAUGGACCAGUUCUAAAGAGGCGGAGAAGAACAAGGCCAAGAGUGGCGACGAAGGUCCUUCAUCUCCGGCGGAAGAUGCGGAGAAAUGAAAAACUUAUUCCUGCGGGAAAAAACAUGAACAAUGCAUCAUUCGGUCCCUUCGUGGGUUUGUAAUAUAAAUAUCUAGACUUAUUUUGAAGUAGCUAGGCCAAAAAACUACGCAAGCAAAGCUGUGGGCGGAAACACUUAUCCUCCUACCGUGUUUAUAUAUAUGCGCGGUCUUUUGUUUUAAAAGCAAGUGCUGGUUUCUGUAUUUUCCGGCUUACUUACAUGACCUUCCACGAGCCGGAAGACCUUUAGCCGGAAAAGCUCACCGACGGCGACGAAGCCCAAUGGCAAUCCAUCAAUAACCGCGGAAACAAGCCCCCAGCCUGAGGUGCCGGAAGUCGCUACCAAGAAUCCAUAAGUUCGCAACAGAAAACUCAUUCACCAGAAAACUUAAGCUUAUGUCCUACUGGACGAUUUUGAAAAUCACAACAUUAUACACGCCUAGGCGGAAACAUCCAGCUCUGCGAUUUUGUCGGAAAACAUACAUGAUCCAAAAAUGAACAAGUAAAGGAGGUAAAAGACUCAAAGAGUGAACCAUAUGCUUUAUUUCAUUGAUCAUGUAUUAUAACUAUUACAAAGUAUGUAAUGCAAAAUUUGCUAAGUGUGGAAAUGACGUAGCUGUGCUAUAUUCCAAGUACGGUAUGUUUCAUCGUAUACGUCACCCGGAUCCUCCCUCUUGCGUUUCCGAUGCCAAUUGGCCGGUCUAUCCUUUAACUCGCGGAUAUCGAUGAGAUAGUAGGAUCCGUUGUGCAUCACUUUGCUCACGACGAAAGGUCCUUCCCAUGGAGAUUGCAACUUAUGCUCUUUCACCUGCCGAAGGAGGAGAACCAGGUCACCUUCCUUAAACGAGCGGUUCCGAACUUGACGGCUAUGAUAGCGUCGGAGCUUCUGCUGGUAAAUGGUGGAGCGCUGGUCGGCUAAAUUCCGAGCUUCUUCGAGCAGGUCCACAGAUAGCUGUCGAGCCUCAUCUGCAUUUUCCUUAGUGUAGGCGGAAACUCGCGGAGAAUCGUAAAUAAUGUCGGAAGGUAACACUGCUUCAGAUCCGUAUUCUAGGAAGAAAGGCGUAAAACCAGUUGAUCUAUUAGGGGUUGUUCGUAAACUCCACAGAACAGAAUCUAACUCCUCAGUCCAAGCUUCGGCUGCACGCUGCAGCGGUUCUUCAAGGCGAGGUUUAAGUCCAGCCAGUAUAAGGCCAUUGGCUCACUCGAACUGCCCAUUAGAUUGUGGAU